GCGGGAGACGCAGAAUCUCUCCGGCACUUUCAUUCAUGAGCCAGCAGCUUGCAGCCACCAGCGCACAGCUGCUGCGCACUGGAGAGCUUAAAAAGGCUGAUGCAUUUUCGCUCUGAGGACAUAACGAUGGAGGGAUGGAUGGACGCCGCGGAUUUCCUCACUUCGCUCCACAUUUCAGGAUUUAGUAGCUGAAAUUCCCAUCAGAAUUUCUCAUCUUUUGAAGAAUCCCGGCUGCAGAUUUAUCACCACCUUUAAAGAUGAACUUACCAGGACAUUUCCCAACUUUGUGGAUUUACAACAAAUGACUUUAUGUGGAUUUUAUUUUAUGGGAUUGAUUUAAUUCGUCUGCUGAGGUAAAGAUCGGAGUGAGAUGUCGGAGUUGCACAACCGGAGCCAAAUCAGCGCGCGACGCAGCGACUACGUGUGGCAGUACGAGUAUUACGACGAGGAGGUGCCUGUAUCCUUUGAGGGACUCAAAGCGCACAGAUACUCGAUUGUCAUAGGAUUCUGGGUCGGACUGGCUGUGUUUGUCAUGUUCAUGUUCUUCGUCCUCACCUUGCUCACCAAGACCGGAGCUCCACACCAGGAGAACCCAGACUCUGCAGAAAAGCACCAUCAACCCAGGAGCUGUCUGAUGGACAUCAGCAGCCACCAGGGUGAAAACGACAAGGCCUUCUCUCGCCCGCUGCUGGCCGGGUCUCGUUCCUAUUUCAACUUCUACAUCAGUGAGGAAGAUCAGGGUCCGGGGAGGCAGAAGCUGGCGGACAGCACUAAAGACAGACUCACUAGAGGUAUUUGCUCCAAUGGGGUGGAGGAGAUGGAGGAGGACAUCGAGGAAACCGGGGGACACCAGCAGACAAAGACAGACAGGGAGUGUCUUGACUUCCUGUCUCACUUCAACAUCCCAAACUUUGUGAACUUGGACCACAGCUCGACACUCGGAGAGGAUGAUUUGCUUUACGAGCCGUCGGAUAUCUUGGAGCGUCAGGCUCAAGCUCACAAGGAUCACUGUGACACCCCCUAAUAAAAAAAAUUAAAACAAGCAAGGUGUAAUUUCAUUUCCUUUAUCCUUCAAGGAGCCGUUAUUAGAGAAACACGUGCACCUUCUGCACCCGUGGCUUUUCUCCAAAGCUUUCUUUAUUAAUAUAUUUUCAGAGAAGCAUUGAAUAAAGUCAGACGAGGGUGGAAAACAAAAACCUUGGCUCGAUUUGAAAACUAAAACACCUCAGAAAUGACACCUGUUAUUUGGAGUCCCGUGCGCCUGAAUGAGCUGCAGCUGUUCCUGGGCUCUACUUUCAAAACAGAUGAGAGAAUAAUGAAAGAGUAAAAAGAGCAGGCUGGCAGGGGACGUGCUUUGUAGAAAUUAUUCUCUCGCUCUCUCGCUGUGUCACUGUUCUGUAAGAUUGUUCUUAUCUGUUAACAAGAAUGAGGAAAACCAGCAAGUCGACCAACGGGAGUAAAAUCAGCAGGAUAAAUCAUUUUUGUUCUUCUUGGGAAAGCUGUACCAUUGAUUGUGUGUUUUGUAGCAAUAAAAUGUCAAAAUAUCUUUGUUCUUUUGGUUACAUUAAAGAAAACAUUUUUGGAAAA